GUGGUGUGUCAUGGAGAGAGGUGAGGGGGGUCCUUUCCAAAAUUCUUUAAUGGCAUGCUCCAUUAGAUCCUCUUUUACGGUUCUCUGCACUUAAAAAUGAGCCUUUAUAAGCAGCUCAAAUGAGAUUGUAGAAGGGUGUGAUGGUUUGAGAGCUCAAGUGCUCCUUUGGUGCAGUCUCCAUGGUGUCCGUGCAAGCAGCCCUUUCUCCGUGCGCCGAUCUCGUUUUCCUUACUAAGAAAAGGAAGCGUGGAGAUGGAGAAGAUCAUGCAGAAGCUUUGUUCGCCGAGGAAACGAAGCCGGUGAAAGCCGAGGAGAAAGAAGAGGAGAUUGAGCUUAAUCUUGAUGCUCCCUUGCCUUUGGAUUGGCAACGAUGCCUCGAUAUCAAGUCUGGACAGAUACACUUCUACAACACCAGGACGCACCGGAGGACCUCCAGGCACCCAAGCAAGUUGAGCUCGGAGCCGCCACCGCCACCGAGCUCUCGGCUGAGCCUCGACCUGGAUCUCAACCUCAUGUCGCCCAGAAGCCACCUCCAUGAAGCAGAAGCCGAGCAAAUGAAGCAUGGCAAGGCUCGCAACUCCUGCAUGUUGCGGACGUCCGACGAGGCCGAUCCCGGAGAGAUGGUGGCCUCCGUCUGCAUGCGUUGCCACAUGCUGGUGAUGAUGACCAAGGCCGCCUUGUCAUGUCCCAACUGCAAGUUUGUGCACCCGCCGGACCGCAGCUGGUCAGCGUUGAUUAAACCAGCACUUAAGCUUCUAUGUUGUAAGGAUUAGUGCUCAGCCGAUGGACGGAGGCCAUGACCCAAAGUUUAGCCAUGCUUUUCUUACUUACAUGUACUAUGACACCUUAAGAUCAAGGAAGAUGAGGAAUUCGUCUUGCCGAUGUAGAUAAUACAGGUGUAUCUAUCUCCCUUGUUAUAUGUAUGUAGUAGUAGAUGGUCGUAGGCUAAAGUAUGUUUGAUCUUCUGUGACAAGAAGAGUAGGUUAUGCAGUAAAUGUCUAUCGAUGUAGCAACCACUAGUAUUUCUUCUCCGAUCAGACAGCUGCUUUGAUCCA